CCAGUCAAAUCAGCAGUAAAGGCUCUUGAAUUCAAAUCAACUACGCUUGCUGAUUGUUUUGUUGAAUUAAUCAAGUUAUCACAAAGGAUUAAUUUCCUUCCACCAAUAUCAGAUCAAAAUUUUAAAUCUACCUGUAUUGAAUUAUUUAAUAAAAGAUGGAAACAAUUCGAUUUUGAUCUUUAUAUUUUAAGUAAAGGUUUACAUCCAAUGGUCUUUCAUGAUGUUUGUCUUAAUGCAAUGAAAUUGCUAAAAAAUAUGGGUGGUGGUGAAAAUUCUUGUAGCGAAUUAGUUGCUCAAAUUCGUGCAUUUACACAAUAUGAAAAACCUUAUGAUUUAGAAUAUGUAUUAGGAAUAGAUAAUGUUUUUUUAUGA